AUUAACUCUGGCUGAAUGGGUCUGAUUCGGAUGUGAUUCUAUUGUGUCCACCAGCUCGGCCAUGGCGAGGAAUCGUAGAGAUGUCAUUGUUACCUUAUUAUGUGGACUGAUUGCCACUUGCGUGCAGGAUACUCACAGUUUUGAUGUGAUUUCUACUAAAUUACGACUAUCUCUGACUAUUGGAGCGGAGUCACGGUCUAUUCAAGUUUCGUGGACAGGUGGUUUACAACCGGAACAAAAUGAUAAAAUAUUACUAUGGAGGAGCGACCCGGAAGAAUACCAUCCUGAUGAAAAUCCUCUCUUAGAAAUAGAACCAGAUUCAGGCGAUGGAUGGGUAAAUACUGAUAUCAAAUACGACCCCAUUUGGGCUCGUAAUUCAACCGGCUGUUACGCCAUUUGGGCUGUGUACUUAACUGGGAGCGGGCGAGUCAUUGGCAACACGUGCCUCUCCACCUAUCCCACCUGGAUGCAUGAUUUGAGGCAGUACAUAGGAAAUAGAAGACUUUCCGAACUUUUUAUACCCGGAACACACGAUUCCGGAGCUUGCUCGGACGGAAAAAGGAACACAUAUGUCACCAAAUAUACAGUCACGCAGGAUGAGAGCAUAACAUCUCAAUUAGAACAUGGAAUAAGAUAUUUAGACAUCAGAGUCGGUUUUUAUAAAGGAACUCGAUGGCCCAUAUCGGUCUUCAACCGUUUACGGAAUAAAGAAUCCCGGCCUGAUGAAUUCUGGGUAAACCAUGGACCAGCAAAAAUGCAGCCUCUUGAAGGCGUUUUAAAAGAAAUCAAUUCUUUUGUUGAAAGAACUAAUGAAAUCAUUAUUGUUGAUAUCCAAGAAUUUCCAGUUGGUUUCGAAAAUGAUGAUAUGACAAGUCAUGCUGCUCUACUAGAUUUUCUAUUGGAGCAUUUAGGCAAUAAUAUGGCACCACCCAGUUUAACUUGGGGUGCAACUUUAAAAGACAUUUGGAGAGUGGGCAAAAGAAUUAUUGUUGCUUAUGACCACGAAAGAACUGCACGCACCAUUGGAAGAGAUUUUGUAUGGCAAGCUGUAGAACAGCAUUGGGGCAAUGUGAAAGAUGUUGGAGCACUGAAAACGCAUCUUUUGCGAACUCCAGAACUUAGAGAAGACCCCAUAGCGCAUAAUUUCAGGCCAGUGGCCUCAAUGGCAGAGUUGACACCUGAUAUAUGGGAUAUUUUAUAUGAUCGUUUCAAAGGAUUACGCAGAAUGGCAGAUAAUGUCAAUAGAUACAUAACAAAAUGGUAUAGUGAAGAACUAGGACAUUCUGCUAAUAUUGUAGCUUUAGAUUUCUUUAGAGGAACUGAUAUUGUUGAACUAGCUAUAGAUAAAAAUAAAGAAAGAGCAUAUGAAGAAGCUUGUUAA